AUGGAUGACGUUUUCAGAGGUUUGUCAACAUCGUCGACAUUCGAGUCGAAAAACUGUUUGAGUGAUACCAGUCUGAGGUCGUCAUCGAACCUCGUGCCAUCUUCAUCCUCCUCCAAAUCGAUCUUCAACCAAAAGAACGCCACCUCCAGCGUUCAACAUCCCCAACCAACAACGCAUCGCAUACAGCGCUUCAUCACUUUCUUUUCUUCAAAUGAUCAUCAGAACAAGCAGCAACAUUCAAGCGGUUCGCUGGCAUCGCCGUCGAGUGGAUACGUUGGCAAACAGUACGUGAAACGAUCAACCACUGGGGUACUAAACAAUAGUAGUUCAGCACAUUCGUUAUUCAUUCCCAUCAAAGCAAAAGAUGUUCGUAAACAAGGACAAUUGAUACAUCAGGAAACUGCGCUUGGUGAUUCGUCGAAGUACGAUCCGAGGCGUUGGGAACAAUGUUGGGCUGUAUUGCACGCGUAUAACUUGUAUUUAUGCCGACAACUCAGUUCGUAUGUUAGUGAUGAAAGUCAAGAGAAGGUUCGUAGUUCGUACAGUACAUUCGUUCUAGUGUUCACUCUGUUGCCAUACUGUUUUCGUGGUGCUCAAAGCAGUGUAUUUCCUCAACAAUGUAUUCCUUUUUUGUACUUCUCGAUGUCAUCUGAAUUGUGUCUCUUCCCUCCUCCUCCUCGUAACGCUCCUCCAUCUCAAAUUCCAACGAGUAUUUCCUAUUUUCGAACCGGUUAUGAGAACGAAUCGAGCGAGCUUUUCCGCCUUCAUGCAUUUGUUGUUGUCAAAAAGCAUCGAAAUCGAUGCGUUUCGUUUAUGAUUUUAAACAUUCCCGCAGAUUCGCUUACGAUCGAUAUUCGGUCAUCGAUUGUGGAUAUUGCAUACGAAUUACGUCAACGUAAAGAUGAACAACGUGCACACGUGCUAAGGGUUGUUACACAACGCCGUACUGAACACCUUCUUCAAGCCGAAAGUGAGGGUGAAAUGCUGAAGUGGAUUGACAAUAUUCGAAAUGCGUCGUCUUCUUAUGUGCUCACGAAUGCUGCGGCUACAGCAGCAGCAAUAGCGCCACCCGCUGACAAUAAGCGUGCAACCACAACACCGACGUUGCACCGCGCCCGAGCUACCAAGGCCAAUUCCGCUGAUUCUUAUUACUUAGUGGAUUACGCUGGUUGUGAUGAGUAUGAUGUAGAUGAGAAAUACUUGCAACGUAGAGUGUUGAGUAAGCAGGCGGGUGAUGUUGUAAGCUGGUUAGAAUAA